AUGCUUCCAAAGCAACUCCCGGAUAUCGAUUUAAGCACGGAAGAAAUUGAGGCCGCAACAACUACAUCCCAAAUUAGCAUCACCCAGAUUAGUGUUCUUAUCACCAGUCUCAACACGAAAAACUACGCACAGGUGGAACGAGAGAUUCACGACCUAUUACAGAGAUCGCCAGCGUACGUAUACGAAAAGUACUGGAGGAAAUUAUUGCCACUGGCAUCCGUGCAUAUCAAACAGCACCAUAAACUAGACACAGAAACCGAUUUGGUACACCGUUUGCUGUACCGUUUGUUUCAGGAUCUACCCCUCAAAAGCCCAGAAGUGUUGAAUCGUGUGAGAAACGACGUGUUUCAAAACCCUGAAAUUCAAUCCCAAACCGGACUACAAGUCCAAGACCUUAUACAGACGCUAGAUCCGGACCGUGACCAGCAGAUUAUAAGUCUGAUUGAUCCAGCACCCACAAUUGACCGCUUAACACGUAUCAAAAACCUCACAAUGAACGCAGCUCUAUCUUUGCAGAGAUUUCUGGCAACUGAAUCGCCAACAACGUUGGAACAGAAUCUAAGCAGUCUUCUUUGCUCUUUAAAGGGCGAAAACCUCAAUGAUUUUGUGGCCCUCAUUUUAUCAGAAACCCUCGCCCCUUAUUCCCAGAAUAUACAGCCGCCAAACUCCGCGUGGUUCACGCCCGUUGCAAUAGGCGAAGCAGGUCAAAGAGGAACUCAAUUAUCAAAUGCCUUCACGAAACUUGGUCCUUCGGCUGUUAACUGGAAUCGAGUUUUCAAUUUAAUGUCGACAAAGUAUUUUUUGGACCUUCCAAUUUCUGUCUCGUUGGCAUCAUUGAACCAGCUGUUGGCUGCCUUAAAUCGUGGUCGUUUAAUCGAUCAGUUCCUGAAUUGUGAUUGGAAUGUUCAGUUCAAGCUCAAUAUUUGUCUUCUAUUUCACAAAUGGAACCUGCAACAGGGAUGCAUUGACCUUUUGAGCCUGCCAGACAUUAAGAAGAUUUCCAAUAAUCUAUCCACUAAUAACUCCAAAACGACUUUACUAUCUCUCAAGUCGAUUGCACGGCUAGAUGUUGAGAUUUUUCUGCUGAGAGAAGAACUCACAGGCAAUCCAAUGUUACCCAUCUUUCAAGAAUGUUUUUUUGAAGACUACGACUAUGCUCCAGAGUUUUUAGCCUUGGCCGUAAUGACAGAAGCGAAACACUUCGGUCUGCUGGUCGAUAACGCUGCAAUAAUCGACGAUUUGCUUAUCACUUUACUAGUCAAGGUGUUUGAAAAGAUGCCAAGCUCCAUGUCCGAGCUCAUCAAGCAGCUACCGUUCGAAAAAGUGGUGGAUCUCGGCAUAGUGAUAAUACGGAAGGAAUCUUCACCCUUAGCCUCCCUUCUCCAAAUCCUAUCCGAGGAGCAUCUUUUGGAGGAUUUCAUGAAUGCAUUACCAUUUAACGAAGCAUUAAAAGCAAGUCCGGCUGCAAAGAAAGCUGGCUGGACAGCAUUUGAUGAUUAUAUGAAAACACAUUUGACGAAGGAAACUCUACCUGUCAUACUCCAAUUCUUGGAGCUACAGUCCAAAAUGGAAGAACCAACUACGCCUUUUUAUCCUUCAAAAGUUUACGAUCUAUCUGCAUUACACUAUAUCAUCACUUUGCUGAAUUCAUUUUCCUUGAGUCAGGUUCAAAGAGAGAAUUUAGAGAGCAUCGAGUUUUCGCUAAUAAUAGCGUUCCCAAGAUUGAUAAACUUUGGGUACGGUCAUGAUAAAGCUAUUCUCGCCAACGGUGACCUGGUCCCAAUUCCAAUGGAUGUUGAAAAGGAGAUGCAAAAUUAUCUCCAAAAGAUGUACAGUGGAGAAUUGGCCAUCAAGGAUAUUAUUGAGAUCCUCAGAAAACUGAGGGAUAGCGAUGACCCUCAUGAUCAGGACUUAUUUGCCUGUAUGGCGCAUGCCGUGCUCGCAGAAUCUAAUUUUUUCAAAGACUACCCAUUGGAAGCGCUGGCAACCACCUCUGUUCUUUUUGGUUCCAUGAUUCUAUUCCAACUUUUACGAGGUUUUGUACUUGAUGUUGCCUUCAACGUUAUACUGAAUUUUGCCACUGAUGGUACGGACUCAAAAAUGUUUAAAUUUUCCGUGCAGGCACUAUAUGCAUUUCGUAUGAGGCUCAAGGAGUUCCCACAAUACUGUAGGCACCUAAUUGAGGCUGUACCCGCUUUACAAAGCCAGCCUCAAAUAUUUCAGACGUUGAGUCAGGCGGCUGCUCAAUCGCAAGAAAGGCCAUCGAAUGGUCAAGGUAAUAUCAACAGGCCUCCCGAGAUGGUAGCGCUGAAUUUCUUCUCCAUCAACGAAGUUCCCCCAAAGGUAAUUCAAGAAAACCCACCCAAGGAAGUCACCGAAAAGAUACUGUUUAUUGUGAACAACAUCACCGAUGACAAUUUCGACGGUAAAAUUGAAGGACUAAAGUCGAGCUUAAAAGAGACAUUUUACGGAUGGUUCUCCAAUUAUUUGGUUAAUCAACGUGCAAAGACUGAGCCAAAUUACCAUUCACUUUACGCGAGACUUGUGGAAUCUUUGAGCUCCGACCUUCUUUUUGAAUACGUUUUGAACGCUACUUACAAACAGCUUUUGUUGUUACUGUCCACUAAAGACGUUCAAUCGAAUGAGAAAAAUUAUCUGAAGAAUCUCGGCGCUUGGCUGGGAAAUGUAACACUUGCUUGCAACAAACCGAUCAAGCAUAGUAACGUGGCUUUCCGUGAAUUAUUGCUCGAUUCCCAUCGUGCGAGUCGGCUUGAAGUUGUUGUACCCUUUGUUACAAAAGUACUUCAACAAGCUGCCAAAUCCAAGGUUUUUAGACCACCAAAUCCGUGGACGGUUGGGAUUCUUAAGGUUUUGAAGGAGCUCAAUCAGAAAGCGGGUUGGAAGCUUAAUCUGACAUUUGAGGUUGAGGUCUUGUUUAAAACUUUAAAAGUCAAAUUGGAGGACGUUGAAGCUAGCGAAAAUGUCGACAAUGCUGAUAGCAUUGCACUUCUGAGCGGCGAAAUUGCAGCCUUGAGCCCUGAGCAGCAACAAAUUGAGCAACAGCAACGGGUGUUGGUGAUGCAGCAAUAUCAACAACAAUUCGCACUCAUGCAACAGCAACAGCAACCUAGUCAGCAGCCACAACAGACGUUGCAACAACAGAGGGGUCUCUCUAAUGGUAAUCUUGCUCAUAUCGAUCAGGUGCCCGCAGCAGAAGGACAAACCACUGACACUCCUUUCAGUACUCUCCUCGGCAAUACCUUGUUCGUCACACAUCCCGACUUAAGACGCGUUUUUCAAAUGGCUAUCGCAAAGUCGGUCCGAGAGAUCUUGGUUCCAGCUGUGGAUAAAUCUUCUAGCAUUGCAGUAAUAACUACUGUAAACAUCGUGCUGAAGGAUUUUGCAACUGAAGUCAAUGAACUGAAGCUAAAAACGGCAGCUGUGACCAUGGUUAGACAUUUGGCCCAAAGCUUGGCUCGUGCUACCUCAAUCGAGCUUUUGAAGGAUACAAUUCGUUCAACGACACAAUCUCUUGCACCCAAUCUGAUGAAUGUACCUAACUCUCCCAUUGAAGAGCUGAACACUGCCAUAAACGACAACAUCGGUUUGGCCCUCUCGCUAAUUGAGAAAGCUACAAUGGACAAGGCAACUCUUUAUGUUGGUGAGCAAUUGAUGCAAGCAGUGGCCAUCCGAAGAUACCACAAAGAAAGAAGAGCAGAUCAAUUAUUUCUUGCUCAGAACGCUAACCCCUACUCUCUGAACCUACCCGAGCCACUUGGAUUAAAGGCGACCGGUAUAACGCCCCAGCAGUUCAGAAUAUACGAGGAAUUCGGUAGUAGUGGCUCAAUAGGUCAAGGUAUCGCUCCUCAAACUCCCAAUCUACCUUCCGAAGGUGCACUUGGGCUUAGCCAACAGCAGCUUUUCGGUCAACAGCACAUUCAGCAACCACAGCAGGAUCAGCAACAGUUUGGUCAACAGCAUCCUCAGCAGCAACAGCAGGAUCAAAAACAGCAACAGCAACAGCAACAGCAACAGCAACAGCAACAGCAACAGCAACAGCAACAGCAACAGCAACAGCAACAGCAACAUCAACAGCAACAACAACAACAGCAACAACAGCAGCAGCAGCAGCAGCAGUUGCUCCUUGAGCAACAAAAACAAUUCCAACAGUUGCAACAGCUUCAACUACAGCAGCAGCAGCAGCAGCAGCUCCAGCAGCAGAAGGAGCGUGAUCAGGAGCAGGAAAAAAGCCGCGCUGGCGAGCAAGAGAAGGAUACCGAGCUAGACUAUGCACCUUUGCAACAACAAUUUCAACAGCAGCAACAGCAGCAACAACAAUUACAACACUUGCAGCAGUCUCAACAAAACCAUAUCUUGCUACAACACGCACAGCAACAGCAAGGGCAGUCUCAACCAGGCACACCCCAACUACAGCCCCAAGCCGUUGUUCAAGCGGAAUUGGAACAGAGUCACCGAGUUCUGGUACUAUUGAUGGACAGCCUUGUGGCGCAGAUUAAGGAGAACGCGAAUAAAGUGCUUGCCAACUUGGGUCCUAACAACGGUAUUAACGACAUUCUGCUCCAAAUCCUCACGCUAAUAUCAAGAAGCAAUCAAAAAGAUCAACUUGCCUUGAAAGUUUCACAAGCAGUUGUUAACAGCAUGUUUGCCACCAGUGAAAGUCCCCUCUGUAGGGAGGUACUCUCCUUAUUACUGGAGAAACUAUGCUCUCUUUCGGUAGUGGCAAGAAAGGAUGUAGUCUGGUGGCUCGUAUAUGCCUUAGAUACCAGAAAGUUUGAUGUCCCUGUUAUAAGGUCACUAUUAGAAGUGAAUCUCAUCAACGCAUCUGAGCUCGAUAAUGUUCUUGUUGUUGCGAUGAAGAAUGGGAUGGAGGGUGCUGUUACAUUUUCUGUUGAUCUGCUUCGCGAUGUGGUUUUGUCAGAAGCUCCUCUUUUCAUGAGGUCGGAGUUUUUGGAGACCAUCAGCUUCCUCAAAACUAUUGACAGUGAAUUAACUCGUUCGUUUUUUGAAAUUUUGGAAAAAUCGCAGGUCUUACCUUUGAGCCAAGUCUCGAAGGCUACCAGUCAGGAAAAGAUGUUUCUUGUUUUCACCGAGUGGGUCAAACUUCUCCAGCGGGUUCCGGAUGACGACAUUAAAGUUACUGUUUUUAUUCGUCAAAUGAUGGAUAAAGGUGUGGUCAAUUCGACAGAAAAUGUUAUUCAGUUUACGAAGGCGGCGAUAGAGCUUUCUGUUGGGUCAUUCAAGGAGAGUGAUCCAACCAGCGAAGUUUUCAUCGCUGCAGAUGCAUUUAGCAAGCUGAUUGUUAAACUUUUGGUACUACAAACUUUCACCGAUGUGAGUCGUUCCGAGUAUCUCAGGUUAAUGCUCUCUGUUAUUACAAUGGUUUUCUCCGAGGAUCAAGGGAUGGUAGGUAACAGCUUCAAUGAACGGCCAUACUUCAGACUUAUUUCAAGCUUGCUAUGUCAAUGGGAAGAGGCUAGCGCUCAUAGUUUCAUGAAAAUCCAGGACCAGCAAUAUAGAAACGAACUGGUUGAAUUUUCACCCGACUUUUACAACAUAAUUGCAUCUUUCCUACACGCGUUCCAACCCAUCGCAUACCCAGGUUUUUCUUUCGCUUGGAUUACUCUGUUAUCGCACAGAAUGUUUUUGCCUAAGAUGUUGAGACUUCCAGGCAAGGCAGGAUGGUCAAAAUUGGUGUUGUUAUUCACAGACCUUUUGAAGUUUAUGGCACAGUACACAAAGAGAAGUGAUGUCCCGGACGCGGUUUCUGUGGUGUACAAGGGUGCCCUAAGAGUAUUCUUGGCAGUUGCGAAUGAUGCGCCCGGAUUUCUAGUGGAGAACCAUUAUGAGUUGCUCAAUAAUUUGCCUCCAGUUUACAUGCAGUUGAGAAAUGUGAUUCUGAGCGCGAUACCCAAAAAUAUGGUUUUGCCAAAUCCUUAUGAUGCGGAGCUUCGCAUCGGCGAUGUCGAGUCUUGUCAACAUGUACCCAACGUGUACUACGACCCCGUUCGAGAUCUCAAGAAUCUCAAAAAACCAGUGGACAAUUACCUAAGAAUUCCAAGCGCUUCUUUGUCAAGAGUAGUUUCAACAAGUCUUUUCAAGCCCGGUUCUCAGAAAGAUACUGGUAUUGGAUACGACAACGUGUCGGUUGAUACGAAACUCAUAAAUGCCAUUGUCUUGCAUGUCGGGAUUGAAGCUGCUUUGGAGAAGGACAAAACCACCGCGACCGCCAUUUUCAACACCAAAUCCUCGUAUUACACUCUUUUGGCCAGCAUGUUGCAUGACGGCAACACAGAGGUGCGGUUCCAUGUGGUGCAAGCGAUCGCCAAUCAAUUGCGUUAUCCCAACGCGCACACGCAUUGGUUCAACUAUGUUCUGAACAAUUUCUUUUUAUCCGAGGACUGGGGCAACAACACCGCUGAGAUACAGGAAAUAAUCGUGAGGACCUUAUUGGAGCGCGUUGUAACCAACAAGCCACACUGCUGGGGUAUCGUGGUUACUUUCACCGAGCUUCUCAGGUCUUCUGAGUGCUCCAUCAUGACUUUGCCAUUUGUGAAAACCGUUCCAGAGAUUGAACAUAUCAUCAAGCACCUCUCGAACUAUAUCAACAAUCCCAAAGACUUGUCCAAUGCUGACGGC